GCCGGCUUGACAGGGGCUACCGACAGCGGCGGAGCCCGGGCAAGCGUCAGGUUGGGCUGGCGGGACCUGCCGCCCUUCGAGAGCUGGCGCACAAUGGCGGACAAUAAAGCAAAGUCGACCAAACCUGUGAAUAAGACUCCUCCAAAGUCUCCUUCAGAUCCAGCAAAGGACCGAGCAGCCAAACGAUUAUCCUAUGAUUCAAACAGCUCCCAUGAAGGAGCUAUGGCAGGAGAAGUAAGUGCUCUGGAAGAGGCCUUUAGAAAAUUUGCCAUCCAUGGUGAUACAAGAGCCACAGGAAAAGAAAUGCAUGGGAAGAACUGGUCAAAGCUAUGUAAGGACUGUCAUGUGAUAGAUGGGAAGAAUGUGACAAUCACAGAUGUUGACAUUGUCUUCAGUAAAAUCAAGGGGAAGUCUUCCAGAACUAUCACUUUUGAGCAGUUUAAAGAAGCUCUUCAGGAACUCUCCAAGAAGCGAUUUAAAGACAAGAGUGAUGAGGAAGCCGUUCAAGAAAUAUUUAAACUAAUUGAAGGAAAAGCCCCAAUUAUAUCUGGAGUAACGAAAGCCAUUUCAUCUCCAACUGUAUCACGCCUUACAGAUACAUCAAAAUUCACAGGUUCUCACAAAGAGAGGUUUGAUCCCAGCGGGAAAGGAAAAGGCAAAGCUGGCCGAGAAGAUCUGGUGGAUGCUUCAGGAUAUGUAUCUGGCUAUAAGCAUGCAGGCACAUAUGAUCAUAAAGUACAAGGAAGCAAGUAAGGCUGAGGGUUUACAAUACAGAGGGAGAAAGAGAGGGGGAAAGAGAAUAUAUUUGUAAGAAUGAUGUAGAUGAAUCCCACAUGUUUUGGUUAUUGUGAAUGCUAAGACUAUGUUGUCAAGAAGUUGUUUUCAGGAACUGGAACUGAUUUCAACAUCUGCUGAGCUACUUGCAGCACAACGCCACUUCAUUACAUUCCUCAUGCGUAUAUUGGCAAAAAUAAUUAUAUUGGUACAAAAAAUACAUUGUUUUGUUGAGCUUUAGACAAAAAAAAAAAGUCAAGAGCAGUUAAACCACGCUUUGUCAAUUCAAGCAAAAGAUCUCAAACAUUCCUAAAUGUCUGGUUGCCCUGAGGAUGUCGAAAAGAACCUCUUGAAAAGAGGGUCUUUCAUAGCAGUCUUUCUGAAGAAUAUCCCAUUAUUUAUGCAGUUUGAUUUGACUACUGUUUUGGGGCUUUAUUAAAAUGUCUUACAUGGGAUCUGGUACUUCCCUUAAAACAUUCAACAAUAUACUAUUGGGGAGUAAGUGGUUGUUAAUAUACGAGGUGCUAGCCUGUAAGAGUCAUACACCACUCAAGAAAAACUAAAAAAAAGCUAUUUCUAGGACAAUAUAGGUUCUAAAGUGUUUUGUGUCAACAGAAAGAUGUGGAAAAUACCAGCCCUUACUUUCCUCCUGUCUAUACUUUGUGCUUGUUACUGUGUGUACUGUAGCAUGGUUCUGACUGGCUGGAUUGGGAUGGAGCUAGUGUACUAACCUGAGAAGUGAGGAACAAGACAUUACAAAGAAAGUCUAUUAAACAUUUUUUGCAGUCUGUUUGCAAGUUUGCACUGCCUCACAUUUGAAAUGAAGGGGUUAUUAAGCUAAUAAUGCUUUAAAAUAUUAGGUAUGACUAAACACUGCCAAUCAGAUUGCUAUUAAGUGAAUGCUAUGCACAUACAUUGGCACACACUCCCUUUCAUCUAUAAUAUGUGUAAGGAAAGUUUGUGCCCCUUGAAGUAAGGACAUAUACAAUUAAUAUCCAUGUAAUUAGGUGCAGUUUGCCCACAAAAAUAUACUGUUAUAACUGGGCUGCAUUUUAUGUUAAAUUUGUUUGAAGCCAAGGGAUUUGAUUCUCUGUUCAUUUUUGCUGCCUAACUUGGGAGUAAUAGUAUUGAUGGGAAUGGCUUUCCACUGCUGUAGGAGAAUCAGUUCCACAGGCUUAAGGUACAGGCAGCUGAGUGUGACCUGCCUGGGGCCCAGAAUGCCAAAACAGCUUAACAGGAAUAAAAAUAACCCUUUUUUUUCAUAUUGGUUAAAAAGGAGAGAAAAGGCUGGUUCGAUUUUCUGCAAGAGCUGAACAAGCACCCUAAUGUAUUACUCUGCUUCUCUAAAAUUAUGAAAGAUUUUCAGUAUUCAGAAAGAACUGCUUGCAGUUCUGCUUCACUUUCUUUCAAAAAGAGCUCAUGCACUGAUUUUCAUGUUUGACUCUGAAUAAAGGUUAAUAAAUUUGUUGGUCUCCCCCCACCUAUAUCAGCAUCCCACUCAGAAUACAUAAAAUUUAGUAAGCACUGAGCGCUCUCAUGUGCCAUGCAGAUCAAUAGUCCAUAUUUGGCCAAUGUCUGGAAACAGCACUGGCUUUCAGCCCUUAAACUGUUCAUGUUUUGUUUUUCUGAUAUCAAAUGGUAGCCUUUCUUGUAUCUUUGCCUCCAAUGACUGCGAGCCCAUACGUCAGCCUGCAACCAAAACAACAAUAGCAAACAAAGGCAAGGACUUCCUUGUGGACUUGGAGAUUUUUGUUUGUUUGUUUAUAAUUUAUUUUGGGUUUUGUUCUGAAGAGGGAGGGAAGUUUGCUAAAACUCAGCAGAUGAUCUUGUAAAGAUUUAAAUGGCUUUUCCCAUGGUUGGCUUUGGUUACCUGGGAAGAUUUUUUAUGUAUAUAAGGAUACUCAGGAUGAGCUUUGUGAAGCCUUUCCAAGAAUUUCCCAUUUUUCUUGAAGAAGAAUUUCCAUGAAAUGAAGGAUUAUCCACUCCUGUGUUGCACUGGUGACCUGUCACACUCUGAGGCAGAACAUAGCAUACUGUGAUACCAACAAUGGCUAAAUUAUUCCAGCAUGGUAGCGAACUGUCUGAAUGUAGGGAACCUUCUUCUAUGUCACUGAUGCCUGUGCACCUGAAGAAGGCUCCAGAAUAGUCUUGAUUUUUAUGAAUAAAAAGGCUAAGCCUCUAACCUUUGAUAAAUCCUUCAGCUAAGUUACAGGCAAAACCAGUGUCCCUGUUCUUCCCAUUGACAUUAAGACUUGACUCAUAACUCAUUGGUAGCUGAAAAGAUCUGGACCCAGCCCAAAUGAGGGGUGAAGUCCAGUCUACUGCAGAGCCCUUUCAGCACCCUGUUGGUCUGGCUGCUUGUUGCUAGCCAGCUGCCUUGACUGACACAUCAGGUGAUAACCUAACCUGAGAUGCACAAGUGACAGGCUUUCUCAAGUACCCAAAUACUGAGUGUCACUAAUACCAGACUGUUGCUACACAGGAGGAGUGAUUAGUUAGGAAGGUUUUAAGGUAUAAUUAGGUUUUAAGUUGCUAGUUCACCAUGUGAGAGACCAGCACACUUGUGAGAUAGAAGGCAUGCAAAGGAAUUGAGAAUGCAGCCAGAUCCAAGCUGACACUGACUAGAAAUUGAGCUAUUCUGUUUGCUUAGAAGAGACUGAUGGAACUAGCUGGGGUUCUGCCAGAGUUUACUUUGCAUUACUUGUAUAGUAUAAAAACCCUGCCAUGAACCAAAGCACUUUGUAUGGACCUGAUGCAAAGUUCUUUGAAAUACUUUCAGUGGCAUAGCAAGCUUUGGAUCAGGACUUGAGAAGACACUUCAGAUAGCAGUAUUUUAUUUUGAGGAACAUACUUCUUUGUUUCUUCUUUGUUUCACAGUUGGAUAGUGUUAACACUCAGUCAAAUAGGUGCGUGAAAAAAAAGUUAUUCUGAUGUGACAGUAACAAAGGGAAGUUGUGGCUGGAAAGAUAGUACUUUGGAAAGAUUUUUCCCUUCUACUACACUUGAUGUGGAAGGUAAGGCCUAUGAAUAAAAGCAGUGUAUGCAGCUGUGUAUUAGGGGUUCAGCUACCUACUUAAGCUCUUAACUUUUCUGCUAAUAUGUGUAGGAAAUUAAAAUCCUAAAUACUAGCUUGAAUGUUAGUUGUAAGUUCCAGGCCUGCUUGGGAAUGAGGCAAAGUACGUUUUGUUGUCCAUCUGCCAUUCCCUCAAUUCUCAGGACAGCAAAUAUGGCUGGUACCCCAGAGAUGAGGGGAAGGGAUAGCUCAGGAGGUGACCCAUUUUCAACCCUUGAAGUGUUGUAGAGCACAUGCUCUUACUGUGCACCAUACUCCAGGCUGUAACUAAAUGUUGUGUCUGAAGUAAGGACAUGAGUACCUAUAUGGUUUACAAUCAUCUCCUUUUUUGGGGCUUCUCAACUCAUUCCAUCUAACUUUCCAGUCUGAUUUUCAGCAUGUUAUACUAUGCAGCACUCUCCUAUGCGACGUCACCUAUAAAACCCUGUCAUUCCUAAUUAUGUUUGCUUUCAUUACCGCUGAACAUGCUACCAAAAGGUAGCUUUUAGAAAUAGCUGCCUUAAAGAACAAACUCAUUUAAAAUUGAACCCUGAAAUACUAUGGCAGUACACAAUCUUACCUGUAUCUCCACUGAGGCUUAAUCUGACCAUUAAAGCCACUGCAAAAUUGAGGACAAGAAAUAAAAAUCCCUACUGGGGCAAAAUUAUAGUCGUUAGAAAUAGUUUUCUAAAUAUAACCUAGUUUUUAAAUAAAAUAUGCAGAAGUCAAAUGGGUUUUCUUAUUAGUGCUUGCUUACCAAUUCCCUCUAGUCACUCCAUGUGCUAUAGUUACUUGUUGAGAGUUUUGCAACAACCUUAUCAGUAUGAAAAUACCAGAAACAAAAAUCAUUGUUCUGCUUUUUGUGGCUAUUAAAGCUAUGAAAAUAGUGUUACUGAGAGGCAGACAUUAAAAGACAUAACAUUGUUUCAACAGUCCUGUGUGAACAGGUGUCAUUAACUGUAAUCAAAUAUUUAGAAUCCCGAAGGAAAUGUUGAACGUUGGACAAUGGCCAAGACCUAGCCACUUUUUUUUUUUUUUUUUUUAACCCUACAAUAUUUCUUAUUUCUUUUUCACUUUAGGGAAAGGAAAGGGAGAUUAUAAAACUACUCAUGUCACAGCUUGUGUUCUUCAUCAGUAUAGAGAUUGUCCUUCAAAGAUAUUUUGGAUUGAAGUAUGAUAUUUUCCAUGUAUUUUACUGACAUUACCUAAAUGAAAAAUUCUUCUGACAACUUUUUGGCAUUAUAGAAAGCUUUGUUCAUGAAUUAGCAUUUCAGUCACCCAUAUUUUCCCGCUAUUGGUUCAAUUAAUAUUUUUUAUGGUAGCUGGAAUUAAUCAGAACUAAAAGGCAAAUGACUGCUAUGAGUUUGGUUUGCAAGUGUUAGAUAUCCCAGCCAUCUGUAACCAUCUGUAGAGAAAAUCCUCAUAUAUCUUUCUCCAAAAUCAAAACUUUAAAGUUGUAAUUGAUAAUUCUUUACUUAAGGCUUGUCAUAGUUAUAAAAUAAAUUUUAAUUCUUUGUGCUUGUGUGUGUGAUUCUCAAAACAUAACCCUGCCUUUCAAUGAUGCAUGUAUUCUGGGGGCAUGUGCCUGUCAUCCAUGAAUGAGAAUUCUCUGUUUGCACUGGCCAAGAAACAAACCUUUUACCUUCAUGAUAGAGCAAAUGUAAUGUGUUGCACUGGUAUGUGUCCUCUUAACUGACUGUUAGCCUUGCAUGUAUGCCAAAAUAACUACACCUUUGUGUACAUUGUUUGUAGUGUAAAUAUUGUCUUCUUGGGUCAUCAAUUAGUUGGUAAUAAGUGAUGUAAUACACAAGACUUGUACAGGUUUGUGUGUGCUUACACAUACUUCUUGAAUCCAGCUAAGUAAUUAAACCAUAUAGAUGUUGAUCCAAACCUUAAACCUCAUUAGGGCCAAACUCUAGUCCUGCAGCCAACGCUGUUCAGCUUGGCCAGUUGGUGACACUGCCAUUCUCCCUCCACAGCAUGAAGGUAAAGAUCUAAGGAGGCUUUUAUGUUUUUACACAUUUAUCUUGUUCCUAUUUCUGGGUGAAAUCACUCUUCAGUAAUUCUAACGUAGACUUGGUGUGACAAGAAAUGUUUCUCCAUAGUGAGGAAGUAGGAAAGCCAGGGCAAAAGCAAGAUCUCCUCUGAGUGCCCUCAGAGACCAUUUCAAAUUAUGCCCUGCAUAGGCCCUAUAUUUUCCUUUGCCCCAACUUUGUGAAGCAAGUUGACACUCACUAUGUAUACACGCAGUUGUUCAUCAUCAGUAAGUACAAAGUCAUGGUAUGUUGAGGUGGGAACAGGACUGUAGUUCAAUGCCUAUGGACCUGAGUCUUGUGUAGACCUUUAUAAAAUCAAAUACCUGAAGCAUAAUGACAGAUCUCAAGCUUGUGUGAAAUUCUCACAGCCUGGAGUGCCUCAACUUGAUGCAUGUGUACCUCCUGUAUUUGGAGUGUUUGCCCAUAAAAUAGCAUUUAGACAGUGAGUUACUCAUUUUGUGCAUCCAAGUGCCCAUUUGGCUUACCUAAUAUAAGCUGGAAAUGAUGGACCGGGAUGUUCUUUUUAAGUCUUCAGAAUCCUAAAACCAGUGAGAAACCUUUAGUUGCAUUCAUGCUUGCUCAUUAAACUCAAAAACAAUGCUUUGAAAGAGGUCCCAGCUAAGAAUGGUGCUUCAGGAAGCUAAAGAAUAUUGCAGAUAGAAGCUCCACAUCUUAAUUGUCCAAAUAAUUUGCUUUUGCAGGGAGAAAUAACGGUAAUAUAUUUGGUAUUUUUUCAUAUUUUUCAGUUUAUUACCUUGGCUAUAUUGCUUCAAAAUCCAUAUGGUGAAGGUGGAUUUCAAAACAAGUUAUAACUCUUUACUUGGUUGUCAGAAAAUGUUUGAAUUGGCUUGUUUCAUUCAAACCGAUUGAUCAUCCACUUUAAGUAGAGUUUGGCAAGGGCAAGCCUGAUAAAAAAUAAAGGGGCAAAGAACCCAGCCUAUGUGCUGGGUAUUCUUGCAGUACUAGUAGUCUGAAAUGAGUUUUUAAAAAAUAAAUUCUCUUUUGUAAUCAUGCACACGUGCGUGCACACAUGCAGUACUUUGGGGCAUAUAUAUAUACAUGAGUAGCAAGACUAUAGAAAGGCUUUUUUUUUUUUUUUUUCAUUUCCUUACAUUUGGAAAUUGACAUUGAAAUGCCCAACUGAUGAACCUGAUUUGGAAAAAUGUUAAGCACCUACCAUAUUCCAUUGCAUGUAAACAUCCAAGGAAUUAAUGAAUUUUAUUAAAAAUUUAUUCAAGGUUUUUCUAUUACUUUGCACAUUUUUCAGAUCACAGAUCACAAACGUGAAUAAAGUUACAUUCAAGGUACAUUCAAGUUAAUUGAAAAUGUAGCCCUAAAAAUACACUCAUACUUCAUCUAUCUUUCAUUUUGAUCGGUAGCGAUAUUAUGGAUGAUCAAGAAAAUAAGAAAAAAGAUGGCAAUCUGUAUCCCCAUAGUGGUGAAUUAUUUUAAGCUCCAGUUUACAUCAGAUGAGUUUCUGUAUGCUUGCAUUUGCUCAAAUGUUAUUUUUAAACUAAGUAAUUAAAUAAUGUGAAAUAAUGCAGCCUGGCCUCUGUUAAAUAGGGUUAUAUUAAUGCAACUGAAAUGCUGUAUGUCUGUAAUAUUCAUGCUAAAUACAUACUAGCUCUUUACAAAGGCUUUGUGUAAGGUCAGUUAAUCUACAAACUCUGAUGUCCUGUAUAAAAUCGUGUUGGCAAACUACUUUUGUUAGCUCUGUAGUGUAUGAAAUGGCAAGGUCACAGACAAAAAACAAAUUAUAGAAUGCAACAAACGUGUGUUCGUGUUUAUCUUUGUGCUGGGUUUAGAAUAUAUCAGCUUUGGUAAACUAUUGCAGCAGGGAAAACGUUUUGUAUAAUGCUUAUAAUACAAAGUAAUUUGUCUUUACAUUCUGUAAAGCAGAGAAAUGGAUAAGUAUAUUGAAGUUUAUUCUUAGCAAGGUUUUAUGUUUCACAGAUUUAAAUAUUACAGGAGAAAUAUAUAUUUAUACAGAAGUAUAAUUUUUGAAUGUUGAGGUUGGUUUUCUUCAGUCAUGAACCAUUUAUUUAUCCACAUUAUGCUUUAUUCCUUUGCUAGCUUGUUUAUCUGUCCAUGCUGUUCCAACAUCCAUUUCUAAUUUGGUGUAGAUGUUUUGAUUCUUUAUUUGCACAAACCUGGAUAUGCAUGCUGUCAGGACCUGAUCAUAAAGUGUAGAGGCAAAACUGUUUUGUCUUUGAUUACCUAGAGCACUAAUAAAAAUUUAAUCAUUAGAUAGUUGUAAUAUGCAGAUGGGUCUUGGCAUAGUCUUCCUUGGAGCACUAUACAGCAUGAUAAAAACCUUCAGUGAAUCUUACUAUUUCUUGUUCUUAUUUUCAUUUGUCUUUCAUCUUGGUCCAGAAAACCAGGAAGCUGCUGUGUGCUGAUACUCGCCUGCAAUAUUUAUGAUUGCAGGCAUUGCAAACAUUAACAUUCAGCUGUACUAACCUACUGUGUUCACUGUGAAAUUUUCAACACGGUAAAAAUUAUACAUGAUCAUUUAACCUUACAAGUUUACUUUUUUCCUCACUAAUUUAACACUGAACCUUUUUAAAAAAAAUUGUUGCAAAUGAACAGCUUGAGCAUAGUAUUUUUUAAUCUUAACUAUAAGAGAUAAACCCAUCCUAAGCAAAGAUUUUUAACCACUUGAUGAAGGGGGCCUGGCACCAUCCAGUGCAAAGAACACUGGGCAAAAUUUUAUCCCCACUGCUGUCAGUGCCAAAAUUCUAGCUGGUGUUAGCAAAAAUGGAACCUCCGUUACCAAGAGGUUAAUAUGCUUAGUAACCAUGACAAGAGCUUAUGGGGGAGCACAAGAGUGAUUCUCUACUUCCAUAUCUUUGUUUCUGUUAAUUUAAAACUACUACUAUCCAAUCUUUAAAAUAAGUAAAAGAAACUUGAAGGGGGAUCAUAUACUACUAGUUUGUACUAGGUGUUUUUUCAGGAAAAGGAAACAAAUUUAUAUAUAUAUAUAUAUAUGCAAUAUAUUUUUACACUGUUUAUUAAUGCUAGAAAGUAUUAAAUGUAUCACUUUAUCAGUGUGAAUGUUAAAGUAAUUACAAUGUUGUGGAUGUUUUAAACCUUUUAAAGUUGUCUUGUUAAAUUCUAAACCCACAUUAACAAUGGAAAAGCUACUUUGUCUGCAACAUUGUUGUUGAUGUUUUAGGGAAAAAGUUCAAGUACAGCAGUUGUUUGAUUAGCGCUGUAAAAGCUUGGCUUGAAAAAUUGUAGUGAAAUCCAUAUUGUAAACACCAUUUUUUAAAGCAUAGCUUCUCAUAAAGUAUGUUACUGCUGUUGACUGACUGUAUAAAAUUGUAUCUUCAGUUGGUAAAGUGAUCAAUAAAUGUGCUAUUAUAUCAA